CAGAACGACCGCCUUUCUCCAGGCAAGAAACCGUUUUUUGGGGGGGCUGGCUACGGUCUCUACGUUGUAGCGUCGGGACACUGACGAUUUAACAUCGGGCAUAGCAUCAACACGGGCUCUUCUUGUAUGGUUCGGUGCCGGUCUGUGACUCUGCUAAACAGUAACCAUGGCCACAGUAACCAUGGCCCUCCUGUCCUAAGAUCAGACUCCAGUGGAUGUUUUGAGGAAAAAGAAGAUGGAGGAUCUUUUCUCAGAGCAUGUAGCUGACCUUCCUCAGAAUGGGGGAAGUAGUGGAGGAGAAAGAGGUGGUGGAGAGGGGGUCAGAAAGGUAGAGAACACUGUCACCCAGAUUACAAGCGAGGCCUCACGCAUCAGCUCUCCUGGCCAGGCUAAUCAGAAACCAAGCCUUUCACAUAUGGUAACUAUCCCAGCGUCCCCCACCAUGGUCAAUCCCAGCGUUGAGGCUCCAGAAGGGGUGGCUCUCAAGGUGGCUGCCACCGUGCUUCAGCCUCUCUGUCUGGGGGACAGUCCUGUGAUGCUGCCCAUCCACCCCCUCCAACAGAUGGCUGGAGGAACCCCUCCCCAGGGGAUCCCUCCGUACCUCCUGACCCACCAGGGGCCUCUCUCCCUGGGCUCCCUCUCCCAAGGCCCUGGUCUCUCCCUACCUCUGGUCCUGGAGCAGCAUGUGUUCCAGCAUCUGAACACCAUGGGAGCGAUGCUCCAGCAGACUCCCCCCUACCCUUCCCUGUCCUUCCUCCAGAACAAUCUGCUGUGUCACACCCAGCCUCAGACCUCUUCCAUGGCUUCGUUGGCCUUCUGCCAGCCUCCAGCCCUGGAUCAGAAACUACCUGGACCUCCAGCCCAGGACCCAGGUAUUCAUGCCAUCCUCCAGAACCCGACAUUCGCUGCCCUCAUACAGGACCUGUUUUCUGCUCAGACCAACCCCACCUCCUCUUCCUGUCACCCAGCGGGGUCAACCCCAACUGACCCCUUUGCUUCAGCCUCGUUCCCCCCAACCCAACCCCAACCUCCACCCCUCUCCUACCCCUACAGCUCCCCGCUAGCCCCCCUGGUACCCCCUGCCACCCUCCUGGUCCCCUACCCUGUCAUUGUUCCUCUCCCUGUGCCUCUACCCAUCCCUCUCCCUAUCCCCGUCCCACACAGCCAGGAGUCCAAAGGAUUCUCUGACCCUCUAAACCAGCCUGUAUGGUGA